CUCCUCUCUGCAACCAUUAUCCAAUGGGAGGAGAUGAAUCAAGAAGGGAAGAUCUUCUGCUGGAUGGAGAGGAAGGAAGCAGCAAGCAAGGAUGUCUUACUUCAGGACUCCCAUCCAUGUACCCUGAAGUGGAGGGGAAAGCUUCUAUGAACAAUAGGCAUUAUAUUUUAUCCAAUUUGUCAGCAAUGAUUCAUAUCCUCCAGCUGGAAAAGAUGUGGGGAGCUUGUGGUUUCUAAGAUUUUACUUAACUCCCAGCAUCCCUACUAUGGCUAAGAUUGGCUGAAGCUGCUGGUAAUGAUUGUCUGCAAAAGUAGAGCAGUGUUUCUAGAUCUCAGCAACUUUAAGAUACAUGGACGUCAAUUCCCAGAAUUAAAAAGCAAGCAUCUUCUUCAGGAAAAACAAGGAAGCUUCUUAAUGUGGGAUGAAGAAACUUCAUUAUAUCUUGAACUUAGCUGAUAGGAUGAAGAAAGAUGCUACGGUCCCGGCUGCCCAGUGUCUCAGCAGGAGGAAUCUAUGGCAAAGGACUUUUUGGCAGGGAAAUGGGACCUUUGCAAGACCAGCUUCGCCAUGGAGAAUACGACUUACUCAAGUUUGCUCCCAUGUUGGAAAGUGACUUUGUGCAGAUUAGCAAGCGAGGAGAAGUGAUUGAUGUGCACAAUCAAAUUCAGACGGUGACUGUUGCAGUAGCCUGCACAAGCCCCAGUCUGCUGGUCCCCAAUGUAUUACUUCUGGCUCGUCCCCUCUUUCCCCCUGAAGAGCCUCCUACAAAGCUUAAAUCCUUCUUUCAUCCACGCCACCCAGCUAAGAGAUAUGAGCUCACCAGGCUUUUUCCUCUGUGUCUGGUUAGGAUCUCAAUCCACAAUCCAGAGAAGAAGCAGCUACGAUUCAAGCUGGCAAGUGGCCGUACCUUUUACCUGCAGCUCUGUCCCCAGCCUAGCACUCAGGAAGAUAUCUUUGGCCUGUGGAUCAAGGUUGUCAAUAUGCUGCGACCACCUUCAGACUUGAGCAUAAAAUCUCACCGCAAGACCAAACAUGAAACCUCCAAGUCAAAGAGUCCAGCAGGAUCCUUAAAUGUAGAAGAAAAAGUGAGUGAACAGAGUGUAUACUUAGCAUCUGAAACUCCCAGCCUUAUCCAUGAAGAGGUUACAAGCAGACAAAGUCUGAUAAUGUCCAUGGAGAGCCUGCCAAGCUCCCAAGGGCCCAGCUGGUCUCCCAUUGCCAGUGAAGAAAAGAUAUUUGACUUUGACGGCUACCCACUGGCAGAGGGAAGGAGGUCACCACCACAGCCUUUUGAAAGACCUCCCAGUCGCAAGAGCCGAGGCAGUAGGAAGGAGAGAGCUGGAAGCACUGCUUCUUCAAACAGGAAAACCAGUAAGAGCGGCAGAGCGAACAGGAAGAAAUCAGCCCGGAAAGACUCAUCCCGGAAAUCCAGCAAGAUCCUCUCCCUUAUCAGUUUCUGCUCCUGGGGGAACCGGCGGAGAAGCAAAUCUCGAGGCAAAGGAAAGAAACGCUGAUCAAAGGCAGACCUUCAGCGGAGGAGUCUCUUCUCCACUUCACUGUAAUAAAAAAGAACUGAUUUUCAA